GGUUAUUACACUCUUAGCGACCUCAAGGAAGGACCCAUCGAAGUCACUGCUCAGGCUCCUCAUACUUCAUUCAGUGUGGAGAAGUGCAAUCUAAAGUUGCCUCACAUCAAAAUUGAGGAUGUCAAAGUUGAAGGUUUCGAAGUAUGUGGAAGUGUGGAGAAGUCACCAUCGGAAGAAGUAGCUUCAUCGCUUAUAUUGAAACGUAUUGACAACUCUGAGACCUUAUCAAUUCGACCGGGAAUGGAUGGAAAAUUCUGCAAAAUGGUUGCACCAGCGAAGUACACGAUUUCGCCUGCUGAUGCUUCGUCAACAUUGACUCCACGAUCUCUGGACAUUGACACAACUGCGAAAUUCGUUCACGAUCUCCGUUUCACUCAUUUCAAGACUGACGCUGUUGUUUUGGUCACUUGCAUAGGUUCAUGCGAGACCCUCUCUAUCUCAUUGUUGCAUGGAAACACUGUGGUGGACACAGUGAAAGGAAAGGACGAAUCUGUUUUCAGGAAUAUCGGUCCAGGAAAAUACAGA